ACCUCCCGGACUGCAAACUGACGGGAGUGCAGGGCACCAGUGGACAGAGGUCUGUGUAGACUGAAGAGCCAUCUCCAUGGGCCACCUCAGGAACCCUGCAGACUGGGGCUUGGCUGGUAGCCAAGGUGGAAUUUGUACAGAUAACCCUGAGUAAACUUCUCAUAGCUUGCCAGGGCUGCAUCCCUGAGCCCAGAUCCCAGCUGCCCUGGCCAGUUAGACCUCAGAAACUUGACCUCAGAAAGCAGUCUGCUCUUCGUGUUUUCUGAGGAGUGGCACCCCUAACCAAUGCCUGUGUCACCUCCAGGUGGCCUGGCUGGGAGGGUAGACCCUUCCCUCGAAAGCCUGGCCUAGCCAGCCCAGAUAUCUGGGCUCAGGCCCAAGUCGAGGAAACAAAACCUGGGAGAUGCCAGAGUCUGUUGGCCCAGCCUGCUGGGUAGCUGUUAAAAGGCUGAGGAGGGAGGAACCUUGAGAUUCUGGCAUUAGCUUGCCCUGUAACUUUUGGUUUUAAAAUGUAAAUCUCUUUUGCAUGUGUAAUCAAGAAGUUUGUCAGGGGGAUGAGCAACUGAGUUGGGUUGUUUAGGGAAACACUUUCCUUCAUUUUGACAGAUGAAGAGGAGACUCAAGCCCAGAGAGGAGAGCACACUUGCCAAGGUCACAUAGCCAAGAUGGGGAAACUAGAGUUCAGCCUUGCUCAUUUAUCUGGAUUUUUGAGGAGUUGAUUCAUGGACCAAGCCAGAGGCUUAGAUGACAAAGGAGAAGGUCUGAGACAACCAAUAGGGAUGAUUCAACACUCUCUCUGCAUGGUACACAGUAGAUGCGGCUUGCCCAAGGUCCAGCCUAGCCCCUAGACACCAUGUCAGACAGUGAUCUGGGUGAGGAUGAAGGCCUCCUCUCCCUGGCAGGCAAGAGGAAGCGCAGAGGGAACCUGCCCAAAGAGUCGGUGAAGAUCCUCCGGGACUGGCUGUACUUGCACCGCUACAACGCCUACCCCUCCGAGCAGGAGAAGCUGAGCCUUUCUGGACAGACCAACCUGUCAGUGCUGCAGAUAUGUAACUGGUUCAUCAAUGCCCGGCGGCGGCUUCUACCAGACAUGCUUCGGAAGGAUGGCAAAGACCCCAACCAAUUCACCAUCUCUCGCCGUGGGGGUAAGGCCUCAGAUGUGGCCCUGCCCCGUGGCAGCAGCCCCUCGGUGCUGGCUGUGUCUGUACCGGCCCCCACCAAUGUGCUGUCCUUGUCUGUGUGCUCCAUGCCGCUCCACUCAGGCCAGGGGGAGAAGCCAGCAGCCCCCUUCCCACAAGGAGAGCUGGAGUCUCGUAAGCCCCUGGUGACCCCUGGCAACACACUCACCCUACUGACCAGGGCUGAAGCUGGAAGCCCCACCGGUGGACUCUUCAACACACCACCACCCACACCCCCAGAGCAGGACAAGGAGGACUUCAGUAGCUUCCAGCUGCUGGUGGAGGUGGCACUACAGAGGGCUGCUGAGAUGGAGCUUCAGAAGCAGCAGGACCCAUCACCCCCCUUACUGCACACUCCUAUCCCCUUAGUCUCUGAAAACCCCAAGUAGGCAUCUGCCAGAAGGGGUGCUCGAGGCUCGAGCCAGCUAUCCUGGAUUUCUGUUUUGGUUCCCUUUCAUACAGAGGGUUUUCUUUGGAUCACUGCCAAACAUCGGGGUCAUCUCCUCUGUCCAGAGGUCUUCAGCAAGGAGAUGCCAGCUGGCAUCCUCGCA